CUUUGAUACCCUGUAUUUGUAUUUUGUGGGCCAGCUCGAGAGAGAUUUUUUUUAUAUGAAGAAGUUAAAGUGACUUCUAGUCACAAAAUAAAAGUUUUAGUAUCAAAUCCUAGAAAAAUAAUGAGUUUAGGCGUCAUUCCAAACUCAGAUGAGCUGAAGGAAAGCUCUAAAAAUGCAAAACAGAGAGCAUCCAUUUGUUGGCUUUUAUCAAAAGCUUUCAACAACCAGAUUCCAGAACAGCUCUCUGAACCAUUUUAUACGGACCAUGAUGGAAAUCUUCACUUAAAGCCGCAAAUUGUUGUUGGAUUAGGAAAUGCAUCGCUUUAUUGUCAAGUCUUGGCAAAUAUCUACUGCGACCCAAACUAUCAAAACCUUAACCACUGGUCUAUUUUACAAACUCUUUGUCGUAAAGGCAUAUCUGUAUUUGAGGAACACUCCGGAGUUGCACCACUAACAGAAACACUUUUAAUACAACAAAAUCCGCUAAGAAUUAACGCACAUAUGAUUGUAAUUGAAUCACUUAUGAUACUUUAUGCGAAAGAGAUUACAUCUGGCGACCGCAUUCAAUCGGUUGUCACAAGACUUUCCUUAGGAGCCACACCAGAUAAUUUGAGCAGCGACCAGCUUUUGCUUCAUUGGCUUUCACAUGCUAUGGCUGCUCUUAAGCAUCGAUUACAAAAAAAAUUGGAGCUUGAAGAGCUCUAUGAUAACAAAAACAGGAUAAAGAUUCCUGAUAUUCCGACACCAGUUCAUGAUUUUGCAAGCUUAUGUGAUGGUGUAUGUUUGGCAUAUUUGAUAGCAUUUUAUUGUCCUAAAAUUUUACCGUGGCAUCAAGUUCGAAUAAGUUAUCUUCCAACUAUCGAAGACAGUCUUCACAAUUUAUCACUGGUGGAAAAAUUUUCACAACAUCACUUACCAUAUUCCAUUUUUCAUUUGUUAUCGGAAGAUGUAAUCUCGUUGAGAGAACAUUUGAAAACGAAUCUUGUUCUUUUGUUGGCUGAUAUGUUUACAUUGUUUGAGAUUCAUCCAGCAGAAUGUGUCGACUACCCUGAGCUAGAAACAUCUCCUGGCAACCAAUCUGAAAAUUUUAAAGCCAAUAUUCAUGGGAUCAGUUAUCGCAGAGGUUUAACGUUUCAAUCAGUUCAGCCUAUACCCGAUUUAAGAUGUGGAUCAAAUUUAGUUUCUCCUGUUGCUGAACAAUCCUGCAGUCUAUCUUUUCAAGGAAAACGGUCUGGAUCAGCAACAAAUGUAGUUACGCAACAUACAUCUUAUGCAAAAAACACAAGUUUGUCACCAGAAAAUGAAUUUACAGUUCAUAAAUCAAAAGGAAUCACAACUUUAUUUCAAACGAAGGAAUCAUCGCCAGGAAGUUCACGUCAUUAUAAAGAUAAAGGAAAAAACGAUAUAAAGAAUGAUGAAAAAGCAGAUAAACCGGCAGGUCGCCCUAGUAAUUGGGAGGAUCAACGAAGACCAAGUUUUGCUGGUCGUCGCUCUCGAAAAAAUUCAUUUAGUGAAGACUCUCAGCUCACAAUAGAAAACUUUGGAGGAUCACAAGAACAACUGAAUACAAUAGGGAUGUCAUUUGACCAACGUUCACUUGAUCGAGAGAAGAAACCUCAUGAAACAUCUUUCGCGUCUAUCGAGAUGACUCUUCCUGCCAGAAGUUCUAUAGCAGAUGCAAGAGGAAGUCUUCAAAUUGGAUAUGGUGAUGACGAUGAUUUUUUGAUUAAAGAUAGAGAAAAACCAGUUCUGAAAAGCCAACAUAGCAACGCAUCCUCAAGCAAUAGCAACAUAAACAUGCAAGAAGAGAAAAAAAAGAUGCCUCCAUUAUCUUCAAUUACACCCACGACAACAACUUGGCGACAGCAAAGCUUAAAUCUUAAUCAAUUAAAUGAAAUAUGUGACAUAAAUCAACCUUAUAUUGAUGAGUCAAAACUAAGUUCAGUUCGACUAAAACUUGAAGAAAAAAGGAGACAUAUAGAGAAAGAAAAAAGAAAAAUUGAAGCUCAGAUGUCUAAGCAGCUUCAAAAAGUUGGAAAAGCAGCUUUCUUACAAGCAAUUAAUAUCAAAGAUAAACCCGACCCAUCUCAGAUGAGAGAUAACGAUUCACAUGCAAACGAGAAGCAUAUACAAUCUCAGGAUGUUUUGGAUUCAGAAAGUUUGGGUUCGAAAACUCUUGAGCGUGAACAAAAUAACAAUCUUUCAUUGGAACAAUAUCAUCAGAGUAUUGCAAUGAUGAAUUCUGAUCUUCACGAUAUCCAAGAAGACAUACAGAAACUUGCUGAACAGCAAAAUCAAAUUCAAGUGCAAACAAUGCAAGCCCAGCAACUUCUUCAAGCUCAGCAAAUUGCGAGUAUACUCAACAAUCAAUAUAGCAGUCAACAAAACAUUGCAGGAUUGUAUCAUCCAGUUCAACAACCUGAUUCUAAUCCUCAACUCUCUUUAAAAUCCCAAGCACCUCAAUACGUCAAUGAACAAAUUCAUGAUAUUCAGAAGUUGAUGCCAAGUCAAGGAAGUCCUCGUAUUAUUGAAGAUCAAUACACAUCUACACCAUCUAAAUAUUUGAAUCAAGAACAACAAUUGAAUAUAGUCAAAUAUGUGCAAGACACAAAUCAUUGUCGUGAUCAAUAUGAAACUCAACGGAAUCAAUUCUUUUUGCAUGGGGAUUCCUCAGCGUCAUCUCCACAAACUUCAUCUCGUCGUACAUGGUUGCAAAAGGGACAACAGACUAUGUCAAAACCUGAAAUGUCUUCAUGGUCACAGCAAAGUGCACAUAAACAAGCUGAGAGUUUAUCGUGGAAUUUAAUGCCUAGUCAAAAAAGUAAAUCCAAUUUAGGUGGUUUUAUUUUACAUGAAAAUGGAAAAAAGCAAAACGAAGAUGAUGCUCAUGCCCUUUUCCCUGUCAUGCACGCUUCUCAAAGAGAACCGAGCAGUAAAAUCAACCAAGUCGAUGAUACAAUGACUCCUCAAAGUAUUUCGUUCAUUGGCGAUGAAGAUGGAAAUGAUGACAUAGCGAUGAAUUUUAAUGAUAAUAAAAGAGAUAACAGAAGUUCUCUUCAACAAAGACAUCAAAAUGACAUAAAUAACGUUGAAAUUUCCUUAGGGAAAUUUAACAUUACAAGUGGAUCAAAAACAUACCGAAUUCCUUCUCCAACAAUUAAAAACCAUCCCGGAAUAUCUCCGAAUAGUUUCCAUUCUGUCGAAUCUCAAAACGGCAGUGAAAAGCAAAAAGGUUUUUAUAUAAGUUUUGACAACGAAACUCAGCCGAAACGUCCUAAACCACCAUUAAGAACAAAACGUUCCCCUAAAAAAUCAUUCGACAACCUAAACAACUUUGCUUGUGAUGAUGAAGAUGAUCAUGAAAUAUCAGUAAGGAAGUUCCAAGCUUUUGAUAAACACAAAGAAAAUGAUCAUUUGAUGAGAACAUUUGAUGAUUCCAAUGACUACAAAAUAAUAAAAAAUCCGACAAAAUCAAAUGAUAAUAAAGUUUUACUUGUAGAAGCCAAUGAAAAAAAUUUUGAUCCUGAACAAAUGGAUGAAAUGCAACGAAAAAAAGAGAAAAUCAUGCUUCUUUCUUUGCAACGUCGGCAACAACAAGAGGAGGUGAAGGUUCGUAAAGAAAUUGCAGCAGUGCAACGGAAAGAAAAAGAUCAAAUGAAAGAAGAAGAAAAAGCAAGAAAGAAAGAAGAACAAUUGGCACGGCGCACACAAAUCCUUGAGCAACAUCGUCUGAAAAAAGCUAUAGAAGAAGCAGAACGAGAGGGAAAAGUGUUAGAUAGAGCCACUGCAGAAUUAAUUACAAAGCAACAGCAAAUGUUUUCAACUCAGCCAAAAAUGCGAAGACUUGGCACACAGAGACCACGUCCAAAAACCAUACAUGUUGAGACCAACUCUUCUUUUGACAUGAACCAACUUGAAAAAAAAGCUUCCAACUCAAAUUUGACUGGUAUCCCUUCAAACACUAUGCGACGUGAUUAUUAUCGUGGGAGCCAGGAUUCACUUUCAACAAAAGAAUCACCAGAUGAUUAUCCUAGCACAAGCUCAACACCUCUGGGUCAUAGGAGUUCAAAUAAAUAUGUUAAAGAACCUCAAGGAAAUGAGCGAGGUCGAACUUUAAAUCGUCUUUCGUCAGUUGCGAAAUAUGGAGGCGCCGGUGCCAAUUUUCGUGGUCGAAAAUCCAACUCACUUAUGAAUCUAUGUGGUGACUCAGAUUCAGGUUUGGGUCGGGCGACUCCUCCACGACGUGCACCUUCUCCAGGGAUGGGAUCAAGAACUUCAUCUGGUAAGCACUUACCCUCUCCAAGUGGCCCUGGGAGUCUACCUCAUCCUAAUUUGAUGAUAAAACGUCGAGGAGUUGGAUAUGAUGAUGGUGCCAGUGACAUAAGUUCUACACAUAGUUCCAUUUUUGGCGAUUAUAGUGGUCCUCGACUUUACAAACAACCGGCAGCAAAAUCUAAUCGCGGAAUACUUUUAAAUGCUGUAGAGUAUUGCGUUUUUCCUGGUGUUGUUAACCGAGAGGCAAAACAGAAGGUUUUGGAAAAGAUAGCUCGAAGUGAAGCGAAACAUUUUCUUAUUCUCUUCAGAGAUGCUGGCUGUCAAUUCAGAGCACUUUACAGUUUCGAUCCAGAAACAGAAGCGAUAAUAAAAUUGUAUGGUACUGGACCUUCUCAUGUCUAUGACGUCAUGUUUGAUAAGUUUUUCAAAUAUAAUUCUGGAGGGAAAUGCUUUGCCCAGGUGCAUACAAAGCAUUUAACAGUAACUUGUGAUGCUUUUUCAAUACAUAAUUCGCUCUGGCAAGGCAAGAAAACAAGUCAUCUGCCCAACAAGAAAGACAUGGCGCUUGUUAUUUAAUAAAAUAUAUUUAUAAUUAAUAAGUAUAACAGAGUUUAAUAAUUUGCUUUCAUGGAAAAAGGGAAAACCUGGAAUAAACUAACUCAAUCAUUGAACAUUCGUACACUAAGUUUUCACCAAUUAUAAUUAAAUAUCUAAUUAAAUUUAAAAAAUAUAUCUAAAACCGUUUCAUCUCAUUCAGUAACAAAAAGAACCGAAUAAAUAUGUUUAUUAUCAACAGGAAACUCACAAAUGUUGAAUUAAUUGAUCACAAUAAACUUAUCAAUCUUCUUUUUUCUAUCAGCAUCAUCAAUAAGUUGCAAUGAAAAUAAAAGAAAUAAAUUGAAGAUUCCAAUAAUGAUGAAAUCAGAAAAUUUGGUUUUAAUAAACUUACAUAUUUUUUGUUAUUUUUCUGUUUGUUUCAUACUUGAGUACAAACAUGUUAUGAUGUUGAUAGUAACUAAAUAUUUAGCAGCAAAGUUAAUAUUUUUGCAUACUAUGCUAAUCGUCUGUCAUGCUUUUAUUCAUUCAAAACAGAACUAAAACUUUAUAGAAGAGAAUAUUUUUCAAGAUAAAGACAUUUGAAAACUCUAUCGCAAAUUAUCUAAUAUAUUUCGAAAUUUUCUUUGUUUAGAUUUACGUUUUUACAUCACGCAUAAGUUUAUCUCUUUUAAGUCAUCUCUCAAAUUUUAUUCUAUUAUUUAAUGAUUUUAAUCAACAUUUUAAUAAACAAAUCCACAAAUUUCUAUUGCAAAAUGUAAUCUUAAUUACAUUUUUAAGGGGCACACGUGAUUAAUAAUUAAAAAGUCGUUCAGAAAUUUAUCAAAAU